UAGGUAUCACUGUAUUUCAAACAACAUUUCAAAACUGGGAAAUGAUCUCCAAGAUUUCUCCCAGUAACAGCAUGCGAUUUCUGAGAAACCAGGCCCAAUGCAUGCAGUGUAUUAGCCAACAUUCGGGAAAUCCCCUUCCUAUUGCCUAGUCAUGGAGUUUGCUCUUUGGUUUCAGUUUCCUUACAGAGAUUUCCAAACUUCGGCCCUUCUUUCCUUAGUUUCCAUUUCAUUUUCCAGUCUUCUGAUCUCAGGCAAAAAAUAGCGGAAAUCCCCACGUUGGAUAAGGAAGAGAUAUGGCAGAAAGCCCACACCUAAACUAAGGGACAAGAGUUAGGACUCCUACCACGUUCUCAGCAUUCUCAUCAAAGCAGCUUUCUUAUCAAGAAAAAGGACCUCUGCUGGGAGUUUGACGGUUAAGCCAUUUCAGGUCAUUCCACCUCCUCCCUUGCAGACAAGGUAACACCCUGGACAUGGCCUCAGAGAUCCACAUGCCAGGCCCAAUGUGCCUCAUUGAGAACAUUAAUGAGCAACUGAUGAUUAAUCAGGAAGCUCUGAAGAUCCUGUCUGCCAUUACUCAGCCUGUAGUGGUGGUGGCUAUCGUGGGCCUCUACCGCACAGGCAAAUCCUACCUGAUGAACAAGCUGGCUGGCAAGAAACACGGGUUCUCUGUUGGAUCUACAGUGCAGUCUCACACCAAGGGUAUCUGGAUGUGGUGUAUGCCUCACCCGGAGAAGUCAAAUCUCACACUAGUGCUGCUUGACACUGAGGGCCUAGGUGACGCAGAGAAGGUUGAUAAGAAGAAUGAUACCCAGGUCUUUGCUCUGGCAAUGCUACUGAGCAGCAUCUUUGUAUACAAUACCAUGAACAAAAUCGACCAGGAAGCUAUCGACCUACUGCACAAAGUGACAGAACUGACAAAUCUGCUCAGGGAAAGAUCCUCAUCUGAUCUUGACGAGGUUGCAGAUUCAGCUGACUUUGUGAGCUCCUUCCCCGACUUAGUGUGGACUCUGAGAGAUUUCUUCCUUGAGCUGGAAAUCGAUGAGCAAGUCAUCACAGCAGAUGAAUACCUAGAGAAUUCACUAAGACUGAAGCAAGGCACUGAUCAAACAGUUCAGAAUUUCAACUUGCCCCGCCUAUGUAUACAAAAGUUCUUUCCAAUGAAGAAAUGCUUUAUCUUUGAGUUGCCUAGUCAUCGGAAGAAGCUUGCCCAACUUGAGACUCUACGUGAUGAUGAACUGGAUCCUGAAUUUGUGCAACAAGUUGCAGAAUUCUGUUCCUACAUCUUCAGCCAUUCUAAAAUAAAGGCUCUCCCAGGAGACAUCAAGGUCAAUGGACCUCGUCUAGAGAGUCUGAUGUUGACCUACGUCAAUGCCAUCAACAGUGGUGAUCUGCCCUGCAUGGAGAACGCAGUCCUGGCCUUGGCCCAGAUCGAGAACUCAGCUGCAGUGCAAAAGGCCAUUGCCCACUAUGAUCAGCAGAUGGGCCAGAAGGUGCAGCUGCCCACAGAAACACUCCAGGAGCUGCUGGACCUGCACAGGGCCACUGAGAGAGAGGCCAUCGAGGUCUUCAUGAAGAGCUCCUUCAAGGAUGUGGACCAAAAGUUCCAGAAGGAUUUGAUGACCCAGCUAGAAGCAAAACAGGAAGACUUUUGUAAGCAGAAUCUGCAAGCAUCAUGGGAUCGUUGCUCAGCUUUACUGCAGGGUAUUUUCGGUCCUCUAGAAGAAGAAGUGAAUCAAGGGAUUUAUUCUAAACCCGGGGGGUAUCAUCUCUACAUUCAGAAGAUGGAAAGGCUGAAGAAAAAUUACUAUCAGGAGCCCAGGAAGGGAAUACAGGCUGAGGAAACUCUGCAGAAGUAUUUAAUGUCCAAGGAGUCUGUGAGUGAUGCAAUUCUACAGACAGACCUGAUUCUCACAGCAAAGGAAAAGGAGUUGGAAGAGGCACGCAUGAAAGCAGAGGCUGCACAGGCUGAAGCACAAAAGUUGGAGGAGAUUCGAAGGCAGAAUCAGCUAAUGAUGGAGCAAAGGGAGAGACUCCAUCAGGAGCAAGUGAGACAGAUGGAGAGGGACAGAGCAAACUGGCUGGCAGAGCAACAGAGGGCCCAGGAGCGUAAAAUCCAGGAAGAAGCCAAAAGGCUCGAAGAAAGAUUAAAAGCUGAAAACAGAAGGCUUCAAAAAACAUUACGGCGUCUUUUUAGGUAAUACAUGUGUCUUACUGUAAAGAGCUAAACAUCAGAGCUUCCUUUUAUUGCUCACUCUCACUGAGGGCACGACUGGCCCAAGCAACUACAGAACUUAAGACAAUUACCAUUUACGUAAACUUUAUAAUUGUUAUGAACAUAUCUGCCAAAAGAAUGAACAAAUCUGUCUUGGAAGAAACACCGUCAGAAUGCUCCUUAGAAGCAAGGAUGGUGAGACUAUGUCUCAAAUACUUUGGACAUGUUAUCAGGAGGAAUCAGUCCCUGGAGAUGGACAUCAUGCUUGGUAAAGUAGAGGGUCAGUGAAAAAUGGGAAGACCCUCAACAAGAUGGAUUGACACAGUGGUUGCAACAACGGUUGUGAGGAUAGUGCAGGACUGGGCAGUGUUUCAUUCUGUUGUCCGUAGGGUCGCUAUGAGUUGGAACCAACUUGACGACACCUAACAACAACAAACCAAAAAACCCAUUGCCAUUGAGUCAAUUCUGACUCAGCGACCCUACAGGACAGAGUAGAACUGCCCCAUAGAGUUUCCAAGGAGUGCUUGGUGAAUUUGAACUACCGACCUGUUGGUUAGCAGCCAUAGCUGUUACCCACUACACCACCAGGGUUUCCUAACAACACCACCAUAAUUAUUAUAUUAAGCAUUUGUUUAAAGUUAUGGUGCUAGUAAUUGGUAACAUGUGCAUCCUAAUAGUCCAAUAAUUAAAAAGAUGCUUACUUCCUUAAGGAGAUUAUAAAUUGUAUAAUAGAAAACAU